UGCCCUGUUUUAAAUUAUUAUCUGUUUUAUUAUUUGAUGUAAAGUGUCCUUGAGUGUCCUGAAAGGCGCUUUUUAAAUAAAAUUUAUUAUUAUUAUAUUAUUAUUACUUAAACCUGGCAGAACACGUGUCCAGGCCCUCUGUGGAUUUGCAGUACCUCCACCACCUGGAGUAAAGGAACAACUUUGGAAGCUGCUGAACAACAGGAUACAAGACGAUGUAUAUUUUGCUGUCAAAUCUGAUGCCUGUAUAAUGGAGUAUGGUGAGCAUUUGUACAACAGGCUUGGACACGAUGUCAGUAAACAUGAGUACAUUCGUCAGAAAUUGAGAGAGCUGGGAAGGCUUCUGAUAUGCUCAAGGAAGACCACUCCCCUGAGGACCAUUCAAGGUCACAUCAAACCUGCGAAUUUCAUGCAUGUUGUUCAAGCUGCAAAAGAGAUGGCAGGCUACGGUUGUGAAACAAAUGUGUACAAGUGCCCAAGUCUGGCUCUCAGAAUCGGAUACAGCUUGAAAAAGAUUUCAUUGCUUGUUGAAAGCCGUGCAAAUGUACAGAGUGACUACAGUGCAGCAAAAGAUGCUCGCGCAUUCCGUCGAGUGUAUGAGACCAGAUGGAAUGAACUGAUAUCAUCUGCAUCACUUAGAACACUCCAGGAGUCUAAGUGGAAUACCCCUCAGUUGGUUCCAUUCACAAAAGAUGUCCAGACACUCCAUUCCUAUUUAGAUGCUCAGCAGCAAGAUCUUUUCAGCAAACUGUCCUCAGAGACAUCACACCAGACAUAUACCGAACUCACAAAGGUCACUUUAACACAAGUCAUUUUGUUUAACCGACGAAGAGCUGGGGAAGUGUCCAAAAUUCCGCUUUCUGCUUAUUUAUCUCACAAUCCAUCAGACCCACAGGAGGAUGUUAACGUUGCACUCUCAGAUCUCGAGAAGAGACUGUGUCAGCAUUUUCGGAGACUAGAAAUCCGAGGUAAAAGGGGGAGAAAAGUCCCUGUGCUUUUGACCCCAGCCAUGCAGCAGGCAUUGGAUCUGCUCAUCAGAAAACGGAAGGAAUGUGAGAUCCUCCCAGAGAACACCUACCUUUUUGCAAGACCAUCCAGUUUGAUGUGCUACCGUGGGUCUGAUAGCCUUCGAUAUUCUGCCAAGGUCUGCGGUGCCAGGACCCCUGAAAGUCUGACUUUGACAAAAUUGCGAAAACAAACAGGAACCUUGUCCCAAGUCCUUAACCUAACCAAUACAGAGCUGGAUCAACUUGCUGAUUUCCUGGGACAUGACAUCAGAGUGCACAGACAGUUCUACAGACUCCCUGAGGGCACGCUACAGCUAGCUAAAAUUAGCAAAGUGCUAAUGGCUCUUGAGCAGGGGCGUCUGGCAGAAUUCAAGGGCAAGUCCCUUGAUGACAUUAACAUUGAUCCUGAAGAGAAUGUGCACCUAGACAGUGACCACGAGAGAGACCCUGACGCUCCAUGUGACCCUGAGGCAGCCUAUGAGUCAGACUCACUCGGUGUUUUAUUUUUUUUCUUUUCAAUAUCAACCUAAAUCUGUCCAUUGUCAUCU